CAAAACAAAAAUAUGCAUCGGAUGCAUGGCUGUAGCGAUGCGUUUCGGAGCGUUGUCAAUCAAUGAUUUUUCCAAGGAAUUCUUUGGUGAUAACGAUAAAACAUCAGGACGAGAGAAUUCUACACCGAAUUGACGAAAAUGUUCAACAUGAAGACCAAAAGAUUACUGACAAUGAGGCAACAUGGACCUCGGAGUUCACUAACUAGAUCAAAUCAGUAGUGAUGUUACCACUGCUGACCUGAGGUGGAUGAACCAUGAGAAAUUUGUAUCCAAGGUUGCCAUAGCAGUACCUCUCAGCAAUUGGAAGAUUACAGUCUGACAUCAUUAACCAUGACCGACUUUCAGGACCUUGACAUUCUGUCACUCAUCAACGAACGACCCGGUUGGGAAAUUGAUAUGCAAGAUGAUGACGAUUUAGAUAUUACUGGUGAACUUGAUGAGGAAAACCACAUUCCGAACUGUUUUGCAAAUGAUGAAGGGGUUAAGAACCAGCCGUAUACUAAUUCGGCAAUGGGCAGUUUUAACAGUAGUGCACAAGGUACUGGAGAUGCUACUGAUGAGUAUGGUGAUAAUAGUGAUGGAAGUGACGAUGAGAGCAACGGCAAUGACAGCAAUAAACUUAAUUCUGAUGACGAGGAAGAAGACGAGUCUGAUGAUAAUAAAAACGUCUGUUAUACAUCUGAUGAAGAAGAUGCCGGUGAAUCUGAUGACGAUAAAAUCAAUGAUAGAGUUAACUCUGACAAUGAGGAAGGGGCUGAUGAGCUUGAUGAUGACCAUAACAAUACCAAAAUUAACUCUGACGAGGAAGAAGAAGGUGAUUUUGAGGAUGCAAAAAGUCAGGAGAUGAAUAACUCCGAUGAAGAAGAGGAAGAUGAUUCUGAUGAUGAUAAAUCCAUUAUUAGUAAAGGAAACAGUGAAGAUAUUCAGGAACAGCAGAAGGAUAAUGAUCAGUUUAGUGACAUCAGUGAAACUGAUUUUGCUAUUUUAGAUAGUGAUACUGAGGAAGUCAGAGAAGGAAGCAAUGUAGAGGCAACCAAAGACGAUGGAGAAGAAAAUGACUUGUAUGAUACCAAUGACGUCAUCGUCGUAAAGUUGAGUGACAUUAGUGAUGAUGAAAGUGAGAAAGAUGAUUAUCUAACUGAUAAUGAAAAUAACCAUAGUGAUGCUGGUUGCAAUGAUGAUGACGAUAGUGUCCAUGGCAAUGAUGGUGAUGUCAGCGACAAGGACGACGACGACAGUAUCAGCGGCAUUGAUAAAGUGGAAUUGAAUACUGUAGGAGAUGAAAAUGAAAUCGAAAGUGACAAAUUGAGUGACUUGAGUAUGGAUGUCGUUGCAGAGGAAAGUGGUGACGAUGAAGACAUGGGAAGUGAAGAUGAAAAAGUAAGCAUUAUCGAUGACCAUGACGGAGACGGGGAUGUAGAAUGGAGUGACGCAGAUGAAAAUGACAACACAAAUGACGUCAUUAACAGUGAAGUCAGUGACAAGGAAAAUAAUGCAAAUGUUUACGAAUUAGUUGAUAGUGGAAAGGAAUGUUCCAAGAGCUCCUUUGGUGAAAAUAACUCUUCUGUCAGGGACGAACAUAUGAGCGAGGGACCUUUGCCCUGUACACCUCAAACUGAAGAGAACGACACCAAACCGGAAAAGGACGUUUCUAACGAGGAAUCAGAUUCGCCGUUUGGGUUUGUCAUCGGAGACGUUGUUGGUGUAUCACAAGAAGAAUUUGACAGACAAGACUCGAAUAUGUCAUCGGAUCGGGACAAAUUACGACAACAACAGAACCACAGAGAAUCUGCGGAGGAAAACCAAGACAAUGAAGGUAACGGAAAUCGGAGUAUCACCCAACCUUUGGAGGAAAAGAGAACGAAAGAUGUUGAAAUGACAACGCCAAGUGUGUAUCCAAGGGUUGAAUCCUACCACAGCGAUAACUACUUAUUCGGUAAUGCUCAAAUAAAACAGGAACCGAUGGACGAUGAUGAUUAUAUACAGGAGCAUGACUAUUUUGAUCAGAGCAGCAUGUUAAACAUUGAAGAUUUUGACAAUGAUGAGGUGGGAUUGGAGGCAGGGGAACUUUUAACGUACCAGGAUAUGUUUGAUAUUACAGCAACGGGCCUGUAUAAAUGUAAAUAUUGUUCGGCAAAAUUAACCACGUUUAAGUCACUUAAAAUGCAUAUCGACAAAUGUCAUCAAAAAAGCUACAAGUGUCAGCAAUGCGAUGCAGUCUUUUCAAGGUCACAAGACCUGGCCGGACAUUGCAGAACUCAUCGCAAAGAAGAAAGGAUAUUGAAGGAAGGAAAAACUAAAAAAGGCAAAGGAGGUUAUAUUGCAUUAUGUAAACCCAGAGCACGGUCUUCGAGGAGCAAAAACAUUGUUGUUGAGAAGGAUGGACAACGGCUGUACCGGUGCAGGUUUUGUAAAAAGAAGUUUGACAUGACUCAAAAACUGGCAAAUCACAUGCAGUGGAGUCACAAGGCAGAAAGAGAGCGCGAAGUUAAACUUGAAAAAAUCCCGGAUGAAAACAUUGCAGUUACACAGGUCUCACUAUGUGGGGCAAAAAUGAUAAUAAAGAUGGAUUCGUCCAACAAGGAUGUGCCUCAAAGAAAAACACCGGUUUAUCACGAUACCUACCGAUGUUCACAUUGUCCUGAAAUUUUCAACAAACAACAGGCAAUGGCUGUUCAUGUGAAAAAUCAUCACACGAAGCACGACAAAUCGAAAGGGAAUGAAAAGUCCCCGGGAAGUAUAAAGAAAAAGUCAAAGAAGAAAAGUAAGCGUAAACGCCGAUUAAGCACUUUCUGCGACGAUAUAAAAAUUAAAGAAGAUCAUGAUGGUUAUGAUACUUGUUCAACCUUGGAGGAAGCUGUGUCACCAGCAAAGCAAAUAAAACUUGAAUAUACAGUGCAACGCCAAUCUCUGAAAUGCAAACUGUGCUCAAAAACCUUUCAGGAAGCUAGGGAAUUAAAAUCACAUUUAAAUGGUGUACAUGCACAGUAUUGCUGUAGGUAUUGCCCGAAAGCUUUUUAUAAAGUGGAAAAGUUCAUGUGUCAUUCAUUCCAGCAUCUUGGAGACUUCCGAUGUUUCGUUGAUGAAAAUGGCGAACCGAUGUUGAGAUGUCGGAAAUGCAAGGCGACGAUUCUACCAAAAGGCGAAAUGACGCUAAAGCAUGUCAUUGGUCACAUCAAAGGUAAAAAUCCGGCUGGGCAGGCACUUAGUCUGGAGAAACAGAUAUUCCUGGAGUGUAGUGUUUGUGGUCAACCUUUCACAUCCAGAGAGUUUCUGUUGAGGCACGAAUUAAAACACGCCAGAUCAUCAGGAAAAGUAGUUAAUCAGAAGUCCGUCACGCGACCUACGACGGACAAUGUCAGUCAAGCCUCUGCGAAUUAUGUCAGCCAAGCCACUGCGAAUGUAAAAACCAGCAGCUCUGCCAUAAACUCCUCUCAACUUAUCGGAUGUCAAGGUUCUGUCGAUACAUUAACCUUCGUUAAUCCGAAGAUACCUGCAAACACAACGACAGUUACGUCACAAUCAGAAAUGGUGGCGCAUCCUAUGUCUGACCCGACAAACACCAACGUAGGUUUAAAUAACAGUAAAGCUGAUGACAAUAAAAAGGUGCUGCUUCGUAGCCAAGUGAUUCACACAGAAUUAAUAUCGGUGACUAAAAUACCUUUCAAAUGUGGAAUGUGUGAAGCCCGAUUCCCAAACUCACAGUAUCUGCUGCAUCACAUGACACUGCACAUGAACGGUCAGUAUGUGUUCAAAAUUGAAGUAGACAAAAAGAAAGAUGAAUUAUCGAAAGGUAACGAAAGUUCAGAAACGGAUAUUCCUAGUUCGAAAACAACAAAUCCACCUGUUGAACAACCUUCUAGUGGAAAUGAGAUGGCUUCAUCUAUAGUGCAACAGCUUUCAAAGGGAUCCAACAUGGCGUCCAUUAUCAGUAGUAAUAUAUCCCCCGAAAGUGGUGUCCUCUUUAACUCUUCUGAUUCAAGCAGUGACCACACUUACACCUCAAAGGUUAUACAAUCACCCCCGAGUUCUUCCGAGAAUCCCACCAGUAAACCUUCCGUAUGUCCAGUAGUUACGAUACCGUCCAGCUCAACACCUCCUGUCAGGAAAAAGUUCAUCAUUCUGCCAACAAGACCUGUCAUGAGCAUUCCAACUACGACAACGCAAACGCCGGUCACACCAACCACUACAAAGAAACUACAGGAAAUGCUGAGCAAGAAGGAUCAGCCACCGGGGAAAACGGUCUUGCCUAAUCUAGAAGUGUUUAGGCUCCCAUCUUUAGCAUCUAUUACACCGAAUAGACGUGAAGAUGGAGGAGCCGAUCCUAUUGUAGUUAAAGCAGUAGAAAGCAAGAUUCGCGAGCUUUUGGAAAAUCAUAAAGGUCCCUCCGCAAAACCAACGCCUAGCAGUAUAGGAGUGCAGACAAAAUAUACGUCUCUGAUAUAUCCUAAAACUGCUAUGUUACAGAAGAGCACGGACUCUGCAGGUCCUACAAUGUCUUCACUGUUACAGUCUCCAGAGGACGCUAAAAAUGCUGUGACAACCGCUAAUGAAACGACAACAAGCAAGCCCAGUACAGCAAUUGGCAGCUUUGAUGUUCAUAACGUAAACGCUGGCAUGCGGGAUUCGUCUGAAAAGCCAUCAACACGAUCAGUAGGCGAACAAUACAGCGAUACGGAAACGCUGAGUGCGGAUUCAGGAUCGCCAGAUACGAGGUCCCCAGGAUCACAAUCGCCAGUGGUCGGCAUGAGUUCCGAUUCGGACUCUGACGAGUUGAGUGAGGAUGAGCAAGCGCUGUUCGAAGAAACCACAAUGUCUGUGUCUCUGCCGCUACCAGCGGUGGAGAAAUCAAUGGAAAUGGUACACGAGUUAAAAACAACAAAGAAAGAGGUUGUUUCCCAUAGUAGUUUACCCAAAGUUUCCAUCAAAAACUACAAGAACCAACUCGACUUCGCUCAUGGAAGUUGGUUCGAGUGUGAAUUAUGUAUGUAUUUGUGUAGGACACAUAAAGAGUUUACAACACAUUUAGAUAGUCACAAGAAAGCAAAGAAGAUGAAACUAGUUAAAUGUUCCGUGUGUCUGAGGAAAUUUAUAUCCAAAUGGCAUCUCUCGAAACACUUGGAAGUUCAUCGUGAAAAUGCAUACUCGUGCUCUAAGUGUGGCGCCAACUUCCGGACAUCUGUAGCCGUAAUGGAGCACAUGCAAAAGUGUUGUUAAUCGUCAUAGCGGUAGAGGAUGUAGAAUGAUUUGUUCACCUCAUUUUCACUAAUGACCGAUAGGGCUGCGCUACGCUAUAUUUUGUAUAGUGGAGCGCCGCCCUGGCGGAGAAUAGCGAAACCAAGACUACAUAAUUAUAUUAAAGUGAAGCUAAGUUUUAAAUUGCUGUAGUAAUGUUUUAAUUUGAACAUAUCCAGAAGAAAAUUUUGCAAUUUAAAGCGAUACUUGUUAGAUCUGUCGCACGUCAGCUGUCAUGGAGUCUAUAUUGUCCUGAUUAAUAAUCGGAACGUCGCGGAUGUGCCUUACAAAACACCUUGGAUCUAAUAUCGUUAUUAAUAUAUGUUAAAGAUUAAAAAAAUUUAACAUUUUAUUCACCGGAAAUAAUUUAUUCUCAGACGGAUUGGAUGAAAAAUACAGUUUAUGAGUUGUAAGGAUGAAUUCAAAAUAUUUUUAAACAUUAAGAUUCAUACGAUUCAUAUAUGAAAAAACAAUACCUAUUCAGUAUUACUAUUUCUUUAGAAAAAAAAAAGUAUACUUGUUUUGAAAAAUAGUUCCCUGGUUACAAAAUGGAGGCUUCCUCAUCAAGUCCAAGGUCAUUUGGCACGAGUCAAAUUUGUGGAGUUCCAAAAGCUGCUGUACACUAAUAUCAGGAAUCCCAUGUUUAUCGGGAAAAACCCUAGUUCGGGAUAAUCCCCAUUUUAUAUACUUUGUAUUACAAGCCUCAUAUCAUUAAAAUAUGAGCGAGACAUUCAAAAGUUUAACGUAUUUUUUUUACCACAGCCGUGUUCACUGGGUUCUUUGAUGAAUUAAUAUAUGUUUCACUAAUCCCGUAUUAUAAAAGCCACACUUCGUCUAAAAGGUCUCACUUUAUCGGCAGUAUGGGUUUCACAAUUCUACUGAAAAGUAAGCUUGUAUUUGCGGUCAUUAAGCGAAUGCAUAACUAUAUUGGCCGAUAAAGGUUUUGCUUUACUUAAUGAUAGUUAUGUUAAAAACUACAAAAAACAUUUUACACCUUUUAGCUAGAUAUGCAUGGCCAGUUAAAAUACUUAAAUACAAAACUUUAAUGUAUCAUUGAAGUUGUAUUUCUUAAGCAGCAUUGAAAGAUGUUAUUGGUUUGAAAUCUGAGAACAUGCUUAAGUUCGAAAUGAAAUAAUAAUAGUAUAUUAAAUACCCUAUUGAUUGUACUCCAUCGGGCCAGUUGUUCAAGUCUGAUUAGGCUAAUCACAGUUUAAAAUCAAUUUUAAAAUCCUGAUGAAAUAAUUUCUGGUAAACUUAACAUGACGAAAUUGUAUGAAAAUAUAUAGCACUCGUCCGUUCUCCGACCUUUAAGGCAUACACACACUGGGGAUUUGAGGUAAAGGAUAAAUGAAAUGUUCGCUACUCCAGUAAACAAGUGAUUGAACUACCCGCCUUUUGAACAAGUGGGCCCUGACUUGCUGAAUCGUCACUGUAUCUUGGGAAAUGGAUGUUGAUAACAUACUUACAUACUGUGCCAUUCGUACAUAAAGAAAUGAUUCCUGUAUGUAUCACAAUCCUCUCUUCUGAAAAAUAAUCCGCUUGUCAUAACUACAGUAUGAUACACGUGCAAUAACACUCGUGACGUCAUGAAUAGAUGACGUCACAAGAUUUUUUUUUUUUUUUUGUGAGAAAUGUACUCGAGGAGUUCGUGUCCUACAGAUUACUAAGAAUGCUGUUUUUUAACGCGAAUAUUAGUUAUGUGAUAAAUAGAAUAUUGCAUUUGUGUUGUGAUAGCUCUACAUGUAUAUAAUUAGCAUGAUAAAUAAUGCUUCUGAAUUUAGCGAAUUGAAUGACAUGGUCGGUUACAUAAAUUAGUUUAUAAAAAUAUACCGCUCUUCGUUAAAUAAAGCGCCCUCUAUUAAUGUCAUAUGACA